AUGAACCAGACCGAGGAGGACACGGUCCAUGUAUACAGGGAAGAAGACGGACGAGAAGAUGAAGAACUUGGGGAUGAUGAAGAAGAUCAAAUCGACGAAAUCAGAUGUCAUGCGAGCGUGAUUCGAGUGCUUCCAUCCGAACACCAGGCGUUGGAACACGUCGUGCAGCAGAUUCAAGCGUUUUUCAUGACGAUGGAGGAGGCGAUCAUGGAGGCCGCGAGGACGGGGGAUGUACAGUGGCUGGAGAAACUCGUGGAAGACGACUGCUAUAAUGUAUGGGACGCUGCAGUGGUUGGUGCCAAGAAUGGCGACAUUGACGCGGCUGCUGAGCAUGGCCAUUGCGGGGUCAUCGAUUUGGCCUGCCCUGUUGAAAGGCUCGACCCCUAUAAACAGCCUCCGGGAUCCCUUGCAAAGCAUAGGAGCGACACGUUAUCUGCUGCCGUUGUCAACGGGCAUGCCCACGUGGUGGACCUGCUGCUGGACCCGUACGAGUAUCACUGGGAUAUCGGGAAAGCGCUCGACGAUGCCAUCCGUGUUGACAACAAGCCACUCAUGGAAAGGUUGUAUCGCGCGUAUCCAGAAUUUGUACAAGGCGAUUGGUACGAGCGUAACGCGCCAGCGAGCAUGCUUGGUGAGGCUGCGCAAGAGGGUCAUUUGAACGCGGUGAAGUAUCUAAUCGAGCGCGGACAUGACUCUCUGGAAGAUGAGAAUCGGGCGUUUAUUCGAGCAGCGCGGGGUAAUUGCGUUGAAACGAUGGCACUCUUUCGAGAUCGUGGGCGGAUUUCUGUCGAGACGUUGAAUAAGGCAUUUAUACUCGCCGCAUACUUUGGUUCAACUGAGGCGGUGAUGUUCUUACACGAGAAGGAGUCAAUUUCGCCCGAGUCCAUCGCAGCGGGAUUCGAGCUUGCAGCGUCGAACGUGUCAUACUGCUAUAGAGGGCCGCGGGUGACCAAGGAACAAGAAGUAAUCAUGCGCUUCAUGUGCAGCAACGGACUAGUUCCCCCGGACCUGUUUUCGGAAGUUUUCCUGAGCGCAGCAAGCAACGACAAAGCUAAUGUACUCAAAAGCUUGCAGGUCGCGCAGACCAUCCCUUCGGAGUUGGCCACGCAAGCUCUAAUGGGCGCCGCCCAGCACUUUAGGCUGAAAACGCUCUGGUAUGUGCAGCAGUCUCACGUGGUCGGAGGACGUCCUACUCUCAGCCCUGAGCUGUGCAGCGAACUCGGGAUCGGAGCGAAUUGUGCGGGCAAAGCUAGAUAG